AGAUUACUGAGAGAUUUGAUGAAGAAAUAUGAUAAAAGAGUCAGACCGGCUCUUAGACCUGAAAUGAUGUUAAAUGUCACUUUUGGUGUUGCCCUGGCUCAAAUCAUCGAUGUUGAUGAAAAAAACCAAAUUAUAACAACGAAUUGUUGGAUCAACCAGGGUUGGUUAGACAAACAGUUAAGUUGGAAUCCGGCGAGGUACGAUAAUAUAACAGUAACUAGAAUACCAUGGGAACUCGUAUGGAAACCAGACAUUUUGCUUUAUAACAAUGCUGAAGUUAAAGCCAUAGAAAAUUCAUACGUCAGUACCAACAUGAUAGUAACCUCUGAUGGCAAUGUCACAUGGUUAUCGAUGGUCAUUUUUAAAAGUGCAUGUAGAAUAAAUGUGAAAUAUUUCCCGUUUGAUGAACAAAAUUGUUCCAUGUCGUUCUCAUCAUGGAGCUUUGACUACGAACAGUUGAAUAUUUUAGAUGUUGGAUCGGAAGGCGAUACGUCCAAUUUUAUGGGAAGUUCAGAGUGGACCCUACAUCGAUACGUUCAACGACGUGAGGUCGUUACGUUUUCAUGUUGUCCUGUGCCGUUUGUGUUUAUAAACUAUGACAUUUUAAUACGACGGCGUCCGCUAUUUUAUUUGUUUAAUUUGGUGAUGCCGUGUGUGUUAAUUACCUUUGUUGCCUUAAUGGGAUUUUACGUGCCCUCAGACUCGGGAGAGAAAAUAUCUAUGGGUAUUACGACUUUAUUAUCAAUGACUGUGUUUCUUAUGAUUCUUGCCGAAAACAUGCCACCUACAUCAGAUGUUCUUCCUUUAGUAGGUUUAUACUAUGGUAUUACUAUUGCUAUUGUUUCGUUUGCUACAUGUUUAACUGUAUAUACAUUAAAUGUACACCACAAAGGAGCAAGGGGUGCUGAGAUACCCAGAUAUUUGAAGACUAUAUUCUUUAAAUAUGUGGCUAAAUUAUUAUUUAUCAAAUUGGAACUACCCGAUCCACAACCACCUGAGAAGGGUAUGGUAAGUACGCUGUUUGAUUUCCUCUCAGUGGGGUAA